CAUCAGUGCUCUGCUUCCUGCCCUCCCCUGCCUCCACCUCCAUUCUCCCAGUGUGUCAGCGCUGCCGCUGCUUCGCCUCUCUGCUUCUGCUGUCUUCAGGGGACACUGCGCCCGGUCAUGAACACCAAGCCCUCCCUGCAGGAAAGCUCUGACCUUGUGACGAAUGGGGAGGCUCAGGAGAUCCCCCCUCGGAGGAGCUACCUCUGGCUCACCAUGUUCACCUGUUUCUGCCCAGCAUGGCCCAUCAAUAUCGUGGCACUGGUUUUCUCGGUGCUGGCCCAAAAGAGCUAUGAUGAGCAGGACUAUGAUGGCUCCAAGCGGCUGGGUCGGAAAGCUCUUCACUUGGGGAUCGUUUCUUUUGUCAUUGGUCUCGUGAUCAUCACUGCAUAUAUCAUUGUGCACUUCACAACGCAUGUAGUGUGACAUCUUGAGGAGGAAGAGGAGAGGUGGAAAUUUCAUGGAAAUUCCAGCUCCAUGGGAUGAGGAGAAGCUCUGCUUGGCCCCUUUCAUCAAGAGUUCUGGAGGUUUUCCAAGAGCUGGCAGAGUCUGACUUCAAAACACAGCAGAACACACCUUGGUCUCAACUGCUGUGGACAUUAUGUUGCAGUAAAAUGUUUACAGUUUUUGUGUUUGCAAGGUGACAGAAAUACUCAUGCAAAGUUCUUUAUGAAAGAGGAUCCUACCAGUGCUUCCGCUGGUAGUGAGACUAAUGUGCUGAUGUGCAUUUUGCUGUGUUAUUGAUUCUUGAUCGUUAAUUAUUUAAUAAACUGCGAUUUUAUGUUGGCUGACACGGCCAUUUCCAAGCAGAGGAAUAUUA